AUGAUCAGACAAAGGAUAGACUCUGAUGAUGUCAUCACACGAGACGAGCAGAUUUACCUCCUGAUUGGUCCCCGUGCCAAGUGUGAGAGGAUAAUCCAUUCCCAGCUGGCCAUAGUCAAAGAAGAUGACUGUGUACCGGAGUGGGAUGGGAUUAUCUGCUGGCCCAGAGGGAAGCCUAGUCAGCUGGUCUCGGUUCUAUGUCCAGAAUACAUCUACGACUUCAACCACAGAGGUCAGGCCUAUCGUCAGUGUGAUGCCUCAGGGAACUGGGAGCAGGUGCCUAGCAUCAACCGCACCUGGGCCAACUACACUGAGUGUACCACCUACCUAUUGUCUAGCCAUAGAAGCCAGGAAGAGGAGGUGUUUGAGCGGCUACACUUGAUGUACACCAUUGGCUACUCCAUCUCUCUGGUAUCCCUACUGGUGGCUGUCUCGAUUCUCUGCUACUUCAAGCGUCUCCACUGUACACGGAACUACAUCCACAUUCACCUCUUCACCUCCUUUGUGUUUCGGGCCAUCAGUAUCUUUGUGAAGGAUGCUGUCCUCUAUGCCAUGUCUGACGACGGAAAGACUGAAGCAGAGGAGUUGGCAGAGAGACCCCAUAUGGUGGGCUGUAAGGUGGCCGUUACUCUCUUCCUGUAUUUCCUGGCGACCAAUCACUACUGGAUCCUGGUGGAGGGGCUGUACCUGCACAGCCUCAUCUUCAUGGCCUUCCUCUCAGACAAGAACUACCUGUGGGCGCUCACCAUCAUCGGCUGGGGUGUCCCUGCAGUGUUCGUGUCCAUUUGGGUCAGUGUGCGAGCAUCACUGGCAGACACUCAGUGUUGGGACAUCAGUGCGGGAAAUCUGAAGUGGAUCUAUCAAGUCCCAAUUCUUGCAGCCAUUGUAGUGAACUUCUUCCUGUUCCUCAACAUCAUACGAGUGUUGGCCUCUAAGCUGUGGGAGACCAACACAGGCAAACUGGACCCCCGUCAGCAGUACAGGAAGCUGUUGAAAUCCACCCUUGUCCUGAUGCCCUUGUUUGGAGUGCACUAUAUGGUGUUUAUGGCUCUACCCUACACUGAGGUUACGGGCCUGUUGUGGCAGGUGCAGAUGCACUACGAGAUGUUCUUCAACUCUUCCCAGGGAUUCUUUGUGGCAUUCAUCUACUGUUUCUGCAAUGGGGAGGUGCAGGCGGAGGUAAAGAAGGCAUGGCUACGGCGGAGCCUGGCCUUGGACCUCAAACAGAAGACCCGGGUGACCAGCAGUGGGGGCGGGGGCAGCUGCUACUAUGGCGGCAUGAUGUCACACACCACCACCCACAGCGUGAGUCUGACUGUGGCCAAUCCCAGAGGAAUGUCCCUGAAUGGGGCAGGGGCCUCCGGGAUGGGAGGAGCUGGGGGAAGCAAUGGGGGAGGGGGAAGCAGGCAGCCACGCCUCACCUCCUCCUUCCACCCCCUCACCAACCUGCCAGGCUACGUGCCCAGCAACACUGAGACCCCCAGGCAGAAACUUGUUAUUUGGAGGCCUGGGGUGGGGGCUGGAGCUGAGGCCGGUGUUAGUGCCUUUCCCAGGAACCCCAGGGCUGCUAGCGAGGGGAUCCAAGGGGGUGGUGGUGGAUCCAAGACAGAGCCUGCAGUCUCUGUGCCCCAGCAGUUGGGUGACGAGGACCCCUGCUGCUCUUUGUCUCUAAAGGAACUAGAGACCAUCUUGUGA